AUGUUUCCCUUGGCCAGAAAUGCACUAAAAAGGUUCAAGAUUCGAAGUAUUCAACCAAUUAGGUCAAGACAGAAACACAAAAAACACUCACCAGAUUUCCAUGACAAAUACGGUGACACUGUACUAGCCAGUGGGACCGCUUUCUGUGUUGUUGCAUGGGUGUAUACAGCCACACAGAUUGGGAUAGAGUGGAACCUAUCUCCAGUUGGAAGAGUCACCCCACAAGAGUGGAAUGAGUAA